CACAGAUGGCUACGGAGCACGUGUCCAUAUUCAUGCCAAAGACACCAUUGCAUUCCCUUACCAAUCAGGCUUCUUCGCACAGACAGGACACGAAACUACCAUCGCGCUUAAACAGACGCAGAUAGAGAGGAUAACAAAACCGCAUGGAAAGUUGUGCGUCAAACCAGGAAUUCAACGACCUUUACAAAAAAGUAUAUACUAGACAGUCAUGUACGUACCUGUGCAGACCUACUCAGACCGUUAAACAGUGCGGUUGUUAUGACGACUACGACUCCGACCUGUUCUACCGUAGCUCACAGCGGAGAUGUUCCAGUGGGGCAGAUUAUGAAUGUGCGUACAAAGUUGAACAUGAAGUUAACACUAAAAAGAUCACAUGUCCCUGUCCUGAUCCUUGCAGUGAAACUGAUUACGAUUUGGAAAUAACAUCACGACAGUGGCCAACAGACAAAUAUGCGGAACUUUUAAAAGCAUCGGUUUGCGAAGACCAUCCAGAUGACUGUGACAUCUUGAACAACUACACAACAGAAAGCCUGGGGAAGAACUUCAUAAAGCUCGUAAUAUAUUAUAAACAACUUAACUACCAAUCUUUGAAGGAAGAGGCAGAUAUUGAGAAUUCCCAGUUUGCCUCGGACGUCGGAGGAGCUAUAGGAUUAUGGAUCGGUUUGUCUAUUCUGAGUAUAUUUGAGAUUUUCCAACUAGUUGUAGAGUUAGUCGGGUAUUGUAUUUACCGAAAUGAGUCAAGAGAUGAUGCCAGGAGAGGACGACAGUAUGGCUCGCCAAAAAGGCACGAACAUGACAAUAGUCGGUUCGACGGUAGGCCCGUGUAUUACGUCAACAAUUCCCAUGACGACCAUGACAGGUACGAAUCACUGCCGUCCUGGCAGGCAUCCAAGGAAUUACCGGAAGUUAGACUGUAUAAGGGGAGAUCUUCGUCCGGCGGCUCGACUUACGACUCUCCAUACACACGACCAGCUUAUUGACACAUAACUUAUCAUUAGACUGUUGACGCUAACAAACAGUGUAGGAAAUGUAUAAUUCCCAUUAAUGAUAAACAAUGCCUGUAUUUACUCUCUCCAAAUAGUGUUCUCUAUCAUUGAUUAUCAAAUGAAGUGCUGGAUAUCAUAGCGUGACAAAGGAAACCAUCAAUUUAUCUUGUAUGAAAUUUCAAUAGAAUAUUUAAGUCACACUUAUUUGAUAAAUCCUGAAGAAUUUAUUGAUUUAAGUCCCAUUUGUAAUGUGUGGGAAUACUCUGCGUUCAUACCCCAUUAACAAAGCACCAUUCCUCCACAUACAUAGCUCAUUAACAAAGCACCAUUCCUCCACAUUCAUAGCUCAUUAACAAAGCAUCAUUCCUCUACAUCCAUAUUUCAUUAACAAAGCACCAUUCCUCCACAUUCAUAGCUCAUUAACAAAGCAUCAUUCCUCUACAUCCAUAUUUCAUUAACAAAGCAUCAUUCCUCUACAUCCAUAUUUCAUUAACAAAGCACCAUUCCUCAACAUUCAUACCUUAUUAACAAAGCACCAUUCCUCUACAUCCAUACCUCAUUAACAAAGCACCAUUCUCGUCCUGUUUAAUGUCUGAUAUGAUAUGAACAUGUUUAACAUGUUAAACCUAAUUGUCAACAGACAAAUCCAUAUCAAUAUUUCUUACAUUAAGGAAACCCCUCAACUUAAUUGUUUUUCAUAGGAAAACAUUAUAGAUUUAUGGAAAAGUUCCUUAACUGAUUUGUGUUUUUAUUAAAUCAGGCAAUGAUUUCGAAUAUACAUACGUACAAAAUGUAUCUUUGUAAUAAGCGGUGAAAUAUGUGGGUUUUUUUUUAUGUUGCAACAUUUUAAAUAUGCGCAAUAGCAUUGUUUUAUUGAUAGUUACGUGAUAAUAAUUUACUUCAUUAGAUGUACCUUUGAAGCAUUACCUGUGUUCACAUAUAUGUGUUGAUAACAUCCACUCAAUACAUUUAGCAUUAUAUAAUGUGGGUGUUGAUUGCUAUUUAGAACAGAUUCAGAAUAUUAAGCAUUAUGUACACUGAAAAAAAAUAAGUAUUACCAUGUUAUCGCAUUAGUUGACUUGAUCAGGUAAUUAGAAUACUAUUGUAUUUUAUCUGUUGACUUUAUACAACGUAAUUACGAUUGCAUUUCUACAUUAAUGUGUUCAUCAUAAUUCGACAUUUUUCGUAUGCUACUCGCUUCUCUUAUAUCACAUUGUAUUUGUCUCCGUCAUCUUCAUUGUCCUGGUAUUAGAACUCAUGAGAAUUUGUUUCGAUGGAAGAAGUUCGUCUUCAUUAUCUAGAGACCAUGCAGUUUGUACUCCGGUUUGAUGUCCGGAAGUCAAAUUUGGGAGCCAAUUCCUUUUGUUACCAUUCUAUCAACACCUGUGAAAAUACGAGAUUUUAUCAAAAGUAUGUCCUAUUUUUGUGGGCGAUCUACCCCCUCCCUUUUCAAGAAUUUGUCGAAUUUUCCAUUCGUCUUUCAAUUAAUACUCUCCUGUCUUUCUCCUGUUUUCAGUUUCGCCAAACACAUGUAAGCUUUAAACUUUUUUUUAUGUACCUAUCAUUUCUUUUAAUACAAUACUACACAUACGAAUAUAAUUGAAUAUUAGAGUUAAAAUAUUCAGAUUUACAAAGAAAAUAUUUGUGACAUUUGUUCUGCUUGUCUGAUAACGUAUUGUUCCAAUCAACCGAAACCAGUCAGACAGGAAUUGUAAAUGAAGGAAAACAAUAAAACGUGAUCAUAUUUGAACAACCGAAACCAUUGAUAAAAACUUUUUUUUCUAAACACAAGACGUUUUCAGAUACGCCAUUAUAUGUAUAUCCGUUGACCAAUCCGGAGGUUUAUGUUUGAAAUGAGUUUAUUUAAAUUGCAUAGCAAAUGUUAUGUUUAUGUCAAUUUUUGUAACUUUUUACUAAAUUGUUCAUUUUUACUGCCAUAUAUAGAAAUUGAUAUGCAAACCCAUAACUCAGUAAUUGGUUGACAUUUACGAAAUCUAAAUUAAAUAUUCCUUAUCUGAA